AAUUGUCUAUCAUAUAUAUUAGUGCUAUUUAGGAAUAAGUAGUAACAUUAUUACUUUAGAUUUCCAAAAGCCAUUUAUUCAUGUUUUGGGACUUUCACUUUUUUUAAGACCAAGUAUGUUGUUAUUGGCUUAUUGCCGUGCCGUGUCAUCUUUUAACUACGGAUCUUGUUAAACGGCUUAAACCCGGAUUUAACAAAGUUACGUUUGUUAAUUUAAAAAAAAAAUGCGUUUGUUUGGGAUUAUAAAAAUCACAACACUUCUGGAAUUAAAUAAUUUAUUGCUAUCAUUUCGUUUCGAUUUGGGACGUAAUUUGACAAAUAGUUGGUGUGCUGUAACCAGGAGACUUCAUGAAUCGGUAACGAGGAGAAGAGUCUUAGAGGCGACGGCAGAGACCCAGCAAUGCCUUACCGGAAACCCGAUAGAUGACUGCUGGAAAUGCGACCCCAACUGGGCAAACAACCGCCAGAGACUGGCGGAUUGCGGCAUUGGGUUCGGAAAAGCCGCGAUCGGCGGUAAAGGGGGGCGAUUCUACACCGUCUCCGACCCGUCGGACGACCCCGCGAGCCCGAAGCAGGGAACUCUCCGCCACGCAGUGAUUCAAAACGAGCCGCUCUGGGUCAUAUUCGCGGCCGACAUGACCAUCAAACUCAAAGCACAGCUGAUCUUCAAUAGCUUCAAGACCGUGGACGGUCGCGGCGCCGCCGUGCACAUCACCGGCAACGGCUGCAUAACCGUAAAAAAUGCGACGAACAUCAUCAUUCACAACAUCUUCGUGCACAACUGCCUUCCCUCGUCGAAUGAAGUCAUAUGCUCGACGCCCACAAAAUGUGGGAGUAGAGGCAGAGCGGACGGCGACGGGAUCACCAUCCGUAGUUCUAGUCGGAUCUGGAUUGACCACUGCGAUUUAUCGAGUUGUACGGACGGUUUGCUUGAUGUCACCCGGGGCUCCACCGCGGUCACCAUCUCCAAUUGCUACUUUUCCCACCACGACAAGGUCAUGCUGCUCGGUCACACAAAUGGGUUCUUAGCCGAUUCCCAUAUGCAGGUGACAGUGGCCUUUAAUCACUUUGGAGAAGGUUGUGUGCAAAGAAUGCCAAGAUGUCGAAGAGGAUAUUUUCAUGUGGUGAACAAUGACUACACGGAAUGGAAAAUGUACGCCAUCGGCGGCAGUGAUAACCCCACUAUCAACAGCCAAGGCAAUCGCUUUAUUGCACCUAAUGAGGAUGAAUUCAAAGAGGUGACAAAGCGGAUAGAUACAAACGAAAACGAGUGGAAAGGAUGGAAUUGGAGGACGCAGGGGGACAUGUUGGUCAACGGAGCGGUCUUCGUCCCAUCCGGCGACGGUCUGAGCAACAUCUUCACUCAGGCCUCCAGCCUCGACCCUCACUCCGUCCUUUUCAUGGACCAGCUCAUCACCCACGUCGGCGUCCUCCCUCUUCCCACUGGGUACGUAGAUACGUUUUAUUAUAUUAUAUUGCUUCCCUCUUAUUCUUUUAGUUAAUCGAUAGCGUAGCUCACCUGAUAGAAACUGAAUGUCAUAAAAGAGAGAUUCUGAGUUCAACUGUAAGCAAUGACUUGAGAUGGAACUCACUUUCACUCUCUUUUCGAAUGAGAUCAAAGUUCAACUCACGUUUUCCAAAAUAAUUGUUCGGUUAGUUGUGGGGGCCCUAAGGGAUGGAGGAUCAUCCUUUUUUUUUCAAUUACUUAAUUAAUUACACUUACCAACUUAACCUAUAAAAAUGUCCAAACAUAUUGACAUAUAUCGACAUAUAUACAAAUACAAAACAUUAAUUUAUGGCUCAUAUAAAAUGGUAGAAGAGAGAUGCAUAUUAUUGAUUCCAUUAGUAGUACUACUAAUUUAUUUUUUUCAUUAUAUUUAUGUAGUAAAUAUGUUAUCUGAUUGGGAAGGUAGUAUACCCUAGGGUCAGUUUGGUCGAGGGAUUUUGAGGGAGAGGGAAGGGUAGGCCUGAUUUUUUACUUUACUAAUUAUACAGUUAUAGUAAUAACUACGUAGUAUAUAACUAGUUAGGUCAUGUAUUUUUAUAUUCUAUUUUAUGUUUACUUUGUCUCAAUUUCUCUAAAUGUAAAAAUUAUUUUAAAUAUAAAUAUGACAUUUCCCCUCCCGUCUCCUCCGAAACCCCUCAAUCAAACUGGCCCUAACCCCUCAAUCUAAAAAUUAUUUUAAAUAUAAAUAUGACUAGUCUGUUUUUAAUGUUUAAAUAAUUUUUCUUCAUUAGUAAUAUAGAAUUUUUUACCCUCUAUUACGUGUAUGCAUCUCUAAUUUUUAUGAAUCUUUUGAAAUGAGUUUUGCGUGUUCGGUUAGCAAGCAUACAUUGUAUAUUUUAAACUAUUUCAAUAAUUAAGCUUAUUUUAGUAAUCAGCAUGGAUAAUAUCAUAAACUUUAUUAAAGCCUUGCUUUAGUAGGAGCUUCUUUUUUACCAGUGGAUCGGGGAGGGGGACUGGGAGGUCUUGCGUGUGUAUUUUUUAAAAAUAAUUCAUUAAUGCUCGUUUUUAACAUAACUGAAAACUCUAAAUAAUCAAAAAAAAAAAUUGACAUAAUAUUUUGAGCAUUUGUAAUUACCACAUUUUUUAUGAAAAAACAAUCUUAAAUGAAAUGAACCAUGUAGCUAGAUAUGAAAUGCAAUUCAAUUGGGUUUGAAACCUGACAACUGCGAUAAGAUGUUACUACAUAAAAAUGCAUAGGGCCUCUGCAAGUACUUGAACCAGAGUCUCACUUGUUAUCUGUCAGUUUUGAUUAAAAUUUAAUUUACAUCCUAUCACUUAAUUGUUCUGACGAUAUUGGGGUCAUGAGGGAUGAAGUGUUAUCCCUAAAAAAAAGAUGACACCCCAUCCCUGAGGGCCUCCCAACCCCGAUCGGACGAUACGUUGAGAGAAUGUAAAUUGGACUAUAAUCACAAUCUAACAGAUAGAGAGUGAGGUUCUAUCCCCGGUACUUGCAGAGGCUCUAUGCAUUUUUAGCAUAGUAACCACUCAUCGCAGUUGUCGGGAUUCGAACCCAUGACCUAACCCUUGUGGCACUCCCUUGCUCCCAGUUGAGCUACGUCCACCGCUAUGAAAUGUUAUCCUUUUUUUAUGAAAAGAAAUUCAAUUUCCACUAUAAUUGACAUUCUACAGGAAUAACCCGACGCAUGUACCUUCUUCUAGCGGGGCAAUACCUGUACCUUCUGAUGGCGGGGCAGCGCCUGUACCCUACGGUAGUGGGACAAUACCUGUACCUUCUGAUGGUGGGGCAAUGCCUGUACCCUACGGUGGUGACGGUGGUGGGACAACGCCCGAAUCCUAUGUUGGAGGAGGGACAACCAAUUUCGCAGACAACCACCAGAGUAGCGCUCCGUGUGCAGUAUUAUCUAGAGCUAUUGCAACCAAUCUUUUCUUGUCGUCUCUUCUAAUUAUCCUAAACAAUUUACCAUAACCACCAUCCAUGGUUAAUUAUGGUUUUCGAUAUUUAAUAAUGGAAAAUAAAAUAUAUAAAAAACAAAAUAAAUAUGUAUCAUGCAUGUGCCCACCUUACUGUACAUAAUUGAUUAUUGGAAUUGAUCGAUACUAGGCUGGUCCUGAAUGUUUUAAUUGGAUGUAUGUCACGUACUCAC